GCGCAGACUACUGGCCAGGCUACACGAGUUUAUUUUCAGCGUUUUUUUUUCCUCCAAAGAGGCGCUUCGCUGCUUGCUAAGUGGCCAUUGCCGGAGCUUUUGUGAGGAAUGACAAGGUUUUCCCUGGAUUCCUCAAGGUAAAUCCGUGUGGGGAUGCCGUUAUUUGGAAUUUAGCGGCGACUUGUGAGAUGUUGCGGCGUGCUUUUGCUGCAUUUCCAGGUGGCGACGGAGCGACCAAGCCAGGCUAGCUUGACUAAGCUAGCAGUUAGUUGCUGUUAGCUCCGUUGGCUAACUACGUGACGACAUCGAGUUUAACUUUGGCUUUCUUUGUUUGUUGGCUUCCAUAUCGCUCCAGGAAUAUCGACUGUUCUCCUGACGCGGACACUUAAACCCCGUGUCAAGGCACCGGCAGGACCGCGGAAAAGGGUAGCUGGUGUUAGCUACUUAGCUCAUGUUAGCUAACAGCUCCACUAUCACGGACUCAUUUUGACGUCGUGUCGGCUCGUAGCAACCCGGCCCAGCGGAUCCUGCUCCUCAAUGCAGCGCUGACACAUGAUAUCCGCCAGCUAACUUUGGAGUCAACUUCCACAGACAUGGCCGCCAGUGGUUACUCCGACCUGAGGGAGAAGCUGAGGUCGAUGCCCCCACACAGAGAGGAGUACGAGACGAGUAACGGGAGGGGGCGGAAACGCCGGCACCGUGAGUCGGACGGCGAUGAUUGCGAGCACAGCGACGACAGCGCCGAGCUCCGGGAGCUGGAGGCCCAUCGGGUGAAGAGCAGCAUCCUACAGAAGAGCAUCUUCACGCCGGAGGAGUGCACCCGCAUCGAGGAAAAGAUCGACCAGGUGGUGGCCAAAGGGGAGGCUGGACUGUACCGCGAGCACACCGUGGACCGGGCGCCCCUCCGCAACAAGUACUUCUUCGGGGAGGGCUACACGUACGGCGCCCAGCUGGAGAAGCGCGGUCCGGGGCAGGAGCGACUGUACCGCAAAGGCGAGGUGGAUGACAUCCCGAGCUGGGUGCAUGAGCUGGUCAUCGAGCGGCUGGUGUCCAGCGGGGUGAUCCCGGAGGGCUUUGUCAACAGCGCGGUCAUCAAUGACUACCAGCCCGGGGGGUGCAUCGUGUCACACGUCGACCCCCUGCACAUCUUUGCACGACCCAUUGUAUCCGUGUCCUUCUUCAGCGACAGUGCGCUCUGCUUCGGCUGCCGGUUCCAGUUCAAGCCCAUCAGAGUGUCCGAGCCAGUCUUUGUGCUGCCUGUCAGGAGAGGCAGCGUCACAGUCCUCAGUGGGUAUGCUGCAGAUGACAUCACCCACUGCAUCAGACCCCAGGACAUCAAGGAGAGGCGUGCUGUCAUCAUCCUUAGGAAAACCAGACCCGAUGCCCCCAGACUUGACUCCGACAGCCCUUUAAGCUCCGCUCCCACAGAGAGACCCGCCCCCCUCAAAGCCAAACGCUCUCAUCGCAAAGCCGACCCCGAUGCCGCUCACAGGCCAAGAGUCCUGGAGAUGGACAAGGAGGAGAACAGGCGUCCGUCGUCCUUCAACCAGAGGCGUCACAGCAUCACUUCGGACGACCACAGGAAGCGAGAGCACGACUAUGACAAACACAGAGAGAGCUCCGCGCGCAAAGUUAAGAUGAGACGCCAUUGAGGAUGCACCAACACUUUUUUUGUUUUUGUUUUUUCAGGUGUUUUGAUCUUCUCUCGCUUCAGUUGUAGCCCAGCAGAAAGCACAGUACUCAUUUCUUUGUUUCUCUCAUCACGGUUCGCUUCUACUGCUCAUUCACCUUCAAAUUAAACAUUGGUUGAGAGAGGCGCAGAGUUGGCAUGUUUUUGUUGUUAGGGAGAUGUACAUACCUUCAAAGCGAAAAUACUUGUGUAUAUAAUGAAAGCUGAGCUGUAAUCUACCUUGUACAAUAACAUUUGUGUAGCCUUUGAGUGAGGGAACUUUUAUGCUGAAAGACACCUUAGUUCUUUUCCACAUCUUCACAAACUUUUAUGACCUGUCCCUUUUCUUUUUCUUUCUCAGCAAAGAACACCAUUUCAGAUGAUGGAAAAUGUGGGCCUUGUUUCUGUAGAGUGUGAGAGGCCAUGUUGCUUUUCUGUAUUAAAUCAGAAUGUUCCUUAUCACA